AUGUGCUUUGGCGAAAGUUCCUUGGUUGUAGCUGAAAUGGAAGCGAAACGUGAAGUAAUAAUGACAAAAAAAAAACCUGCUGUACUAUUCUGCUUAGGCCCACCAGGAAGUGGAAAGGGCACUCAAUGUGAACGAAUAGUUGAACACUACUCAUUUAUCCACUUAAGUGCAGGAGAUUGUCUAAGAGAAGCUCAGAUUAAUAAUGAUGAUACAAGUAAGUUAAUUGAUCAUUAUAUUAGAGAGGGUCUAAUUGUACCUGUUGAAAUAACAAUUAAAUUACUUCGAAAGAAAAUGCAAGAACACGGAUGGUAUGAUAAUUAUUUUCUUAUUGAUGGAUUUCCCCGCAACCAAAAUAAUAUGAAAGGUUGGUUUGAUAAUGUUAGUUCUGAUGAGGUUGAAGUAUUGGGUUGUCUAUUCUUGAACUGCCCAGAUGAUAUAGUAGUUGAGCGUCUUCUAAAGCGUGGUAAAACUAGUGGAAGAACUGAUGAUAAUAAAGAGACUAUUGUUAAAAGACUGAAGGUUUACCACGAAGAAACAAUGCCAAUAGUAAAAUACUUUAAGGAAAUUAAUAAAUGCUUCACUAUAGAUGCCUCUCCACCUAUUGAUGAAGUUUGGAAGACUGUCAGGACAAGUAUUGAAGAAAUUAUUUAUUCUGAACCUAGUAUUCAUCAUUAA